GAGGAGCAGCAGGGGGAGGCGGCGCUCGGCGCUGUCAGCGGCCCCGCGGCGAUGGCGUCGGUGCCGGUUUACUGCCUGUGCCGCCUCCCGUACGACGUGACCCGCUUCAUGAUCGAGUGCGACGUGUGUCAGGACUGGUUUCAUGGCAGGAGCCUGACAGUUGAGGGGUAACAACUGUUCCUCAACCUGGUGGCGUGAGUCCUGAGGUCCUGAUGGCAGCAGCGAGAAGAGAGCACGGCCUGGUUGUUGGGGGCUCCCUGAUGACGGAUGCAGCUUUCCUAUGACAACACUCCAUGCAGAUGUGCUCAGUGCUGCGUUGGCGUGGAAGAGGACAAGGCGACAGAGAUCGACCAGUACCACUGCCCAGACUGUGAGAAGCUGCAUGGGCCCUCUGUUAUGAAACGGAGAAAAUGUAUUCCGAAGCAGGAGAACUUUGGCAGCGUGGACAAAAGCCAGCCGGUGCAAACCGGCAGUCAGACCUUCAUCCAGGAGCUCCGCAGCCGGACCUUCCCUAGUGCAGACGAGGUCAUUCUGAGGCCGACAGGCUACCAGCUGACGGUAGAGUACCUGGAGGAGAACAGCUUCAGUGUGCCCAUCCUGGUGGCCAAGAAAGAUGGGCUGGGGAUGACGGUGCCCCCUACCAGCUUCACGGUGAAUGACGUGGAGCGAUAUGUAGGGUCAGAGAAGAUCAUCGACGUGAUUGACGUGGCGAGGCAGGCUGACUGUAAGAUGAAGCUGGGCGACUUCGUCAAAUACUACAACAGCGGCGACCGGGAGAAGGUCCUCAACGUCAUCAGCCUUGAGUUCUCAGACACCAGGCUGUCGAACCUGGUGGAGACGCCAAGGCUGGUCAGGAAGCUGUCGUGGGUGGAGAACCUGUGGCCGGAGUCGUCGCUCUUCGAGCGGCCCAGCGUGCAGAAGUACUGCCUGAUGGGAGUGAAGGACAGCUACACCGAUUUCCACAUCGACUUUGGAGGCACCUCCGUCUGGUACCACGUACUCAAGGGAGAGAAGAUUUUCUACCUGAUCCGGCCGACCAGCGCCAACCUGGCCCUGUUCGAAUGUUGGAGCUCGUCCAACAACCAGAACGAGAUGUUCUACGGGGACCAGGUGGACAAGUGCUACAAGUGUUCGGUGAAGCAGGGGCAGACACUCUUCAUUCCCACAGGUUGGAUCCAUGCCGUACUCACCCCCCUGGACUGUAUCGCAUUCGGCGGAAACUUCCUCCACAGUCUAAACAUCGAAAUGCAAUUGAAGGCCUACGAGAUAGAAAAGAGGCUGAACACGGCAGAUCUCUUUAAGUUCCCAAACUUCGAGACCAUCUGCUGGUACGUCGGGAAGCAUCUCCUGGACACGUUCAGAGGUCUGCGUGAGAACAGCAGGCACCCAGCUCACUACCUCGUGCACGGCGCCAAGUCGCUCAACAUGGCCUUCAGGUCCUGGAUGAAGAAAGAGGCCCUUCCUGAGCACGAAGACGAAAUUCCCGAGACGAUCCGGACCGCUCAGCUCAUCAAAGACCUGGCCAAGGAAAUCCGCCUGGUGGAUUCCUUAGGGAAGGUGAUGGGACCCUUCGCCCUUCAGAGGAACCCGCAGGCCGUCAGCAUCGUCGACAGGCCGCCUGGCAGGAAGAAAGGCAGGAAGGGGAGGGAGGCGCUGGGCGGGCUGAGGUCCCCCGACCUUGAGCUCCUGGAGAUGCACACCAAGCAGACGCUGAAGAAGCUGGAGUCGCCCAAGAAGGAGAAGUAUGACCUGUCCAGUGCCUCGCUGCCGAUGGGGACCCUGGAGGGCGAGCUGGCGAUGGACGCUUCCGUCAAUCUAGAUGACAGCAAGCUGCGGUUCGUCCUCUCCAAUGGAAAGAUAAUGAGUAACAAGGGUUUGAAGCUGCAGCCGGGCUCGGGCAAGUUCGAGCCCCUCUUCGGCAUGCUGAAGGGGAUGAAGCACUGCGUCAAGGACAGCUACGACUACGACUCUGAGGAUGACCUGCAGAUCGAUGAAACCCCGCGCAAGGAGCGGCGGCUCCUCAACGCCGGCAAGAAGCUGCUCAAGCUGCCUCGUCGGUUACCCCGCGCCAGACCCUGCAAAGAUCCCACCCGCAAGCGGGAGCCCGGCGAAGUGGACUUCGACAUUGUGGAAGAUGAUUCGUCGGACGAGGACUCGGCCAUUGACAUCGACAUUGACCAGGGGGAGGUGUCGGCCGAGGGUGCGGGGGCCAGCAGUUCUGCUGGCAUCCUCGACCUGCUCAAGGCCAGCAAGGAGGUCGGAGCGCUCGAGUACGCCACGCAGAGCCAGCCCCCAGCCUCCCCCAGUACCCAAGAGGCCAUCCAGGGCAUGCUGUGCAUGGCCAACCUGCAGUCAUCACCUGGCUCCAGCCUCCAGGCCUGGUGGAGCAGCAGCCAGGAGAGGAACGGCUGCCCGUCCUCCGCCGGGCAGGCCAGCGGCAAGAAGGCCAGGGGCCGAGGAGAGCAGCGGCUCGACGCCAGGGGAAGCCCGUCGCCCGACAGUCUCGCCAGUGACGAUGACAGCUACGAUGACCAAGAGAGCCUGGGCGCCUGCUUCAAGGACUCCGAUUAUGUGUACCCAUCUCUUGAAUCAGACGAAGACGAUCCCUCCUCGAGGAUGCGGAACCGAAAGAGGCGGAACAGCGACGACGCUCCCUGGAACCCCAAAGCUCGCGUGGCACCUACCCUCCCCCGGCACGAGAGACCUGUCCGGGAGGGGACGCGCGUGGCUUCCAUUGAGACGGGGCUGGCAGCUGCAGCGGCGAAGCUCGCACAGCAGGAACAUCAGAAGAUCCAGAAGAGGAAGACAGUGAAGAAGAAGCCGGUGCCCGAGGAGGCCAGCACCAAGCCGCAGCCUGGCAGCCCAGUGCCGGAGUCCAGGCCUGAGGCCCUCUCUGGGAGCCUGGUAGACCACGAGUACACGGCGGGCCCCAGCACCUUCGGCCUGCCGCAGGCCAGCCGCGGCUCCACGCCCAUGGCCCCCGGCGUCUUCCUCACGCAGCGCAGGGCUUCCACGUCGUCUCAAGGCAGCCAGUCAGGCAAACGACCGAAGAAAGGUCUGGCAACAGCGAAGCAGCGUCUGGGGAAGAUCCUCAAGAUCCAUCGGAACGGAAAACUAUUGCUUUAAAUAUUUUUCUAUUUUGUACAAUGUUGGAACUGAACGUGUUUGUAUAUCUCUGUACAGUUGAUCUUCCUCCGACACUAAAUAUUGACCCUUUUCCGCCACCCUGCUGCCCCUCCUCCUGCCCUCCCCAGUUGUUUUCAGGGGGAGACUUGUGGGUCUAGUGGGAGAGGAAAUGGGAGGGGGAGAGAAAGGUGUGUUUGGGGUGGGUUCCGAUCCCAAGACUGAAACUGCUCCGUGGGACUCCUUCCUCUGACCCGCAGCCUCACUGUUCUUGGGACCCGUGAUGGUUUGCACCCUCCAUGUAAUUUUCCGAGUGGAUCCCGUUCCACCGCCCACCUUGACCCCCUUGCCCACUUUCCACUGGGCCGGUCUCCCCGACUGUCCUCUUAACCCCAAUCUUGACCUCCAAAUCCGCCCACCAUUCACCCUAGUCACAGAAAGAGGCGCACGAGCUCACCAGCCCCAAGUUCAAGUUGGAGCCAGUGGGCGCCAGCACCACUGCACCAUCUCGGCGUAACUCUACGUCAGCACCUUCCAUUUAGGAAUCGCGUUUUUCCAAACUUUCUCAGCUCUGCUCUCUUCCGCCCCUGCCCACCCAACCCAGGUUACCUUUUGUAAAAAAAAAAUUAACUACAUAAA